CCACAAGGAGGGGGAAGAGCAAUCGGAAGAGGAGGAAGAGGAAGAGAAGGAGGAAGAGGAAAAGGAGAAAGAAGAGAAGGAAGAUGAGGAAAAGGAAAAGGAGGACGAGGAGGGAAAGCAGACAUGAUACACUGACAGCAUUUGGAAAUAAACUUUGGCAGUAAGAUGAAAGCAUAAAUCUCAAGAUUGUAGACCAAAACAGAAAUGGCUCAUGAGUAUUGAAAGAAGAGACUGAAGAGCCUCCAACACUUGAGUGAGCAGUGGAAAAGGAACAACUACCAUGGUAACACUAAUAACAGAAAAGCUGCAGAACCAGAGCUUGGAUGAUCUGACCUGUAAAGCAUACAAUAUUGAUCUGUACUCAUCUGAGAAGCUGAACAAAAGUGGCAGCUUGUUCCCUUUCGAAAUCAAUGAAGACAGUCCUUGGAGAGCUUUAAAUGGGGGUUACCCCGUGCAGCCGGACAGCAGCAGGAGCUCGGCGUACCCCUUCGCAGCGUGCCCGUUCAGCGCCGGCGCCGCGGGCCAUGGCAGCCUGCCGUGGCAGCAGGAGGCGUCGAGCGCGGCCAUGGUGUCGGGCUGGAUCAGCGAGCUGAACCUCAACGAGAGCGCGGGCCAGCCGCUGGCGCCGCCCACCAAGCGCCACUGCCGCUCGCUGUCGGAGCCCGACGAGCUGGCGCGCUGCCGCUCCCCCUGGAAGCCCGGCGGCUCCAAGGUGUGGACUCCCGUGUCCAAGAGACGCUGUAACAGCGGCGGCAGCGCUACCUUGCAGCGCUGCAACAGCCACGGAAGCGCCACCUUGCAGAGAAGCACAAGCAUCAGCCUGCCGCAGAACAUCCUGUCCCUAAACAACGUCUUCACUGUCACCAGCUUCAACACCUCUCCGGUACCCAGACCUUCCUCUGCCAGCAGCGGGUUUGUGGACAGCAGCGAGGGCAGCACGAGCUCCAGCACCCGCUGGAACUCCGGAGGCCCUUGUGACUUUAACCCGAGGCGCCGCCUGUCCCUCUCGCAGGAGCACAUCACUGAGACGGGGAACCUCUUGCCUUCAGCCAGCAGCACUCCCACCUCCACGCCCGAGCUCAGCCGGCGGCAGGGCCUGCUCAGGUGCCGCUCGCAGCCCUGCGUGCUCAACGAGAAGAAAAGCCGGCUGAAGCGCAGACGGGAGGAGGAUGUACGAUGGAACAGGCCAUCCUUAGACUUUUUUAAAAUGACACGGACUUUAAAAAAUUCCAAAAGUCUUUGCUCCCUCGACUAUGAAGAUGACGACGAUGACACACAGAUGAAGACGAUCGUGUCCUCGCCCUGUGACUCAAGUGACCUCACGGGCGCGGUGACGCCGGGCUGCAGCCCGGUGCAGGAGCAGCGCGAGGAGGGGCGGCGCCGCGGGUGCCAGGGCCCCUGCCAGGGCCGGCAGUGCCAGCCUGCGGGCGACAGCGACGAGGACACGAGCGACUGCGAGAGCCACGAGGAGGAGGGCAUCUUCCCUCUGGACUGCGGGGACCUGGACCUGGAGCAGAUCGAGAACAACUGAGACUCCUCCGAGCCGGGCGCUAGGAUCAGAAUUGUUCUAAAUUAAAGCGAUAGAGGAUUACCUUUGCCGUGCAUAAUCCAUGUCCCUGAAUCUCUGUAUUGCCUAUCUUUGGGGCCGUGUUAGAAGAAGUGUUUCAGGUGGGGGAAAAACGUGAACCAUUGUUACCUGUUUAGUCUCUGUUGGUCAAUACGUGGAUGACAACAACAGCAAC